AUGGCGCGCGAUCGCGGGGGGGCGUCGACGUCGGCGGUGGACGAGACGGCGGACGAGACGGGGGAGGCGCGACGGCGGCGGUUGCGAGACGAGGACAUGCUCGUCGCGCGAGCGAAGGCGAUUCGGGAGAAGAUAAAGGCGCUGGACGCGCGGGCGAACGUGAAAACGCACGAUGAUAGCCGGAGGAAGAGUCAUUGGGAGUACGUGAUGAUGGAGAUGACGUGGUUGGCGCGGGACUUUGCGAGCGAACGCGACUGGAAGCAGGAGACGUCGAGGCAGGUGUCGCAUCUGGCGGCUUCGUGCGAGGGCGCGCCGAAGGAUCGAGAAGAGCAGGAGGUGACUCGGAGGAAGACGCGGUGCGCCAUGAUCGCCGCCGACGUCGCCGAGUUCUGGGCCGAGGCUUGGGAGCGGGCGAAGGAGCGGCCGCUGCCGAACGCGGGCGAGCUCGUCGAGGACGAGGACGAAGGAAGCGAGAACGGCUCGGCGGAUGGUGAAGAGAUCAAGAUGGAGACGGAGAGCGACGAGGAUGAUGGGGGUGAAGAGGGUGAUGCGGGCGAAAAGUUGGGACGUCAAGCGACGUUGACACCGACUGGUGAUGCUGAGUUGUCGCCGACUGCGACGCUCGCGUCGACGCCGCCGCCGCCGGCGGGGAUGCGAAUCAUCAACUCUUGGGCGUCGAAUAAGCUGUAUCUAGCCAUGGUGGAGAUGAAACGCGAUUUGGUGAAGGACGCUAUCGAACUGAAGGAGGCGAAAGAGCAGAAGGAGCGCGAGAAAGAGGCCAAGAAGGCGGCGAAGAAGAGCAAGGGGGCGCCAAAGGCGACGCCGAAGCGCGGACGAGGUUCAAAGAAGAAGGACGACGAAGACGAAGACGAAGACGAAGACGCGGACGGUGACGCCAAGGCUGAUCGCAUCGCGUUGGCGGAGGCUCUAGAGAUCGACGGUAUGGAUCUGGACAUGGACCUGUUGGCUCCUCCCACGCCGCCGCUCGUGGAAGAGUUCAUGCCGGUGAUUUACGACGCUGUGCCGAUGUUGAACGAACGCGCCUUCAGGGAAACGAUGCAAAUCGAGGCUCAAAAGUUUGCGGAAUACGAGCGCAGUUUACGAGGUUGGGAAGAAAACGAGCGCAAGCGCGCGCGCGCGCUCGUCGAAGCGGCUCGUUACCAAGCCGAGGAAGAGGCGCAUCGGGAGACGAUGGAGCAGCGCCGCGCGUUUUUGGCCGCCGCCGCCGCUCGCGGUCAUUACUUCGACGAAGAGGGUUACAUGGUGGACAUCAAGGGUCGUCGUCGCAAGAACAAGCGUGGAGAGUACAUUCAAUUCGGUGUUCCUGGUCACGAGGUCGAUAUGGAUUUCGGUGUACCCAUUCCCAAGCGCACUGGACCGAUGGACGACAGACGCCGCAAGGACGCGAAGAAGAAGCGACGCGCAGGUGCCAUGCGGUCUUGGUCGCCCAUGGAGGACCAACUGCUGUGCGCCAUCGUGCACGAAUUUGGUUCCAACUGGGCCCUCAUCACCGACGCGUUCGCCGCGAGCACACCGAUCAAGGGCACGUAUCAUCGCAUCGAUCACUGCCGCUGGCGUUUCUCCCAUCUCACGCAAGUCGCCGAACAGCAGCAAGACCAAAGAGCCAUCGCCGCGCUCGACCUCAACAAAGGCAGCGCGCGGACGCUUAUGGCGCGUGCGCUUCCGGUGGAGGACGAAACCGUUCGCAUUCAUUUCGAUCGUUCAUGCGCCGUCAUGGCCAAGCACCUGAAGAUUCGAAAAGCGGCAAAGAUGGAGCGAUUGGGGAUGAACAAGAGUCGUCGAAACGCGCCGCAUCGAUCGUGGCGAGAAGUGCAGUCAAUCUGCGGACCGACGCAGCAGCCGCUUAGUUUGGCGGAUGAUAGUCCCGUUGGCGGCGUUACCGGAAACGGUAGUGUCAUGCCCGGUGGUCAACGACUCGGAACAAUGCUACCGAUGGGCGGCGUCGCCUCGGGGCGGUCGGGCGUGCCCUCGUCAGCGGCGGGUGGACUCGCUCGCACGCCGAGCGGGGGGAUUCCAGGCUCUAGCAUGCCUGGAAAGAAGGAUGCGAAAAGUAUGGCGCAGUUCCAACAAAUCGGCAGCUACUCCCCAGCCUCGGGUGGGGCCGCGAUGCAGCUCGGCGGGAUCGGAGGAGCCAUGCCGGUGACUGGAAGCAAGUCCCCGGCGCUCGCCCCGGGCUCGUACAAUCUCUCCGGUAGCAAGACUCCUCCAGCGAAAAAAACGACGCAGAUGAAGCGCAAGGGUAAGAGAAAGUGA